GGGGGGCAAGGAGCUUGGACAAUGGGCUACCAUACGCAAUUGGUACGCAGUUCCCUCAACGGAGCACCGCAUGCAAAUUUUGCGAACGCAUCUGGGUAUAAAAGUCGUGGUUUUUUUGUCCAAGGUAUGUCAGUUCAUUUUCGAUAACCGACGGUGACAAUCGCACUAAAUCCCCACCCAAGCCUUACAAUGAAUCCUCUGGCGGUUGUUGCAGUCCUCUCCUCGAUGGCCCUUUCGGCUCAGGCUGGUCUGGUUGGCGCUCCUCUGGCCGCCGCUCCUCUGGGUGCUCCUCUGGGUGCUCCUCUGGCCUACUCCGCCCCUCUGGGAGCUGCUCCCUACUUCGCACCGGCUGCGUACUCCGCCCCCCUGGGCUACGGUGCUCCUUUGGGAUACAACGCACCUCUGGUGGCUGGACCUGCUCCUCUGGUAGCCAAGACCUACGCUGCUGCUCCCUUCGCAGCUCCGUUCGCCGCUCCCAUCGCUGCUCCAGUUGCUCCAGUUGCCCCAGUUGCUGCUCGCCUGGCUGCCCCAGUCGCUGCUCCCUUCGCUGCCCCAAUUGCUCCAGUUGCCGCUCCCCUGGCCGCUCCAGUUGCCGCUCCCCUGGCCGCUCCAGUUGCUCCAGUUGCCGCUCCCCUGGCUGCUCCAGUUGCCGCUCCCCUGGCUGCUCCAGUUGCUGCACCCAUCGCCACCGAGAUCGUGGAUGCCCACCCCCAGUACAAGUUCGCCUACGAUGUCCAGGAUACGCUGACUGGUGACUCCAAGACUCAGGAGGAGACCCGUGAUGGUGAUGUCGUGCGCGGAUCCUACUCUCUGAUCGAGCCCGAUGGUUCCCGUCGCAUUGUCAGCUACUACGCCGACUCCAUCAACGGAUUCAACGCUGUGGUGCAGAAGGAUGUGCCCGUUGCUGUGGCCCCAGUUGCUCCCGUUCUGGCCAAGACCGUGGCUGCUCCAGUGGCUCCAGUUGUGGCUGCUGCCCCCGCUCCAGUCUUCGCCAAGACCCUGGCCGCUCCCAUCGUCGCCUAAGUAGGAGAAGGAGGAGUAGGAGUCGUAAUGGAAGGAUUGACCGCAAUUCGACAAAGGACUUUCAUCUGUACAUAUUCGAUUAAUCAUUGUCGAGCUAUUAAAUAACUUUCAUCGCAAAAACA